AUUUAUAAGCACAGUUCGAAACCGUGAGUCAUAUAUUUGACAGCUUUUUUUUUUUGCUAACAUUGUUUAGAAUCACACUAUGCCAUAGGUGGUGCGUUUCCUGCCAUGUACCAAAAACGAUGCUUUCAUGCAACAGCACCUUCCUCUGCAAAACGCGAUCCUUAUGAAGUAUUGGGCGUAAAGAAGAAUGCAACAGCCAGUGAGAUCAAAAAAGCAUACUAUGCACUUGCCAAAAAAUAUCACCCAGAUACCAACAAGGACAAAGACGCUCGAGAAAAGUUUGUCCAAAUCCAAGAAGCAUAUGAGAUAUUAUCUGAUGACGAAAAACGUAAACAAUACGAUCAGUUUGGACAUGGAUUUGAUGGAGGAGGUAUGGGAGGAGGCCCAGGCGCUGGAUUUCAUGGAAGCGGAUUCCCCGGUGGAUUCGAUCCUAAUGACAUCUUUAGUCAGUUCUUUGGUGGAGGCUUUGGUGGUGCUGCUGCUGGAGGCGAUCCGUUUGGUAGGCCCUCAGCCGGCGAUGAUAUUCAAAUUCCUUUGACGCUCUCAUUUAUGGAAGCCGUCAAGGGUGCAACAAAGUAUGUCCAAGUGAAUCGAGUGACAGACUGUCAGUCCUGUCGGGGAAGUGGUGUCAGACCUGGCAAGAGCAAGGAGACAUGUAAGGUCUGUCACGGUGUUGGUGUUCAGACAAUCAUGAUGGGUGGCGGAUUUGGUAUGCAGACAACUUGUCAAGCCUGUGGUGGCGAAGGCUCCUCUAUUCCUCCAGGCUGUGGAUGCCCUGCAUGUAACAGUAUGGGUAAGGUUAGAGAACGUAAGACAGUCCAAGUGACAAUUCCACCUGGUGUCGAUCAAAACUCGCGAAUUAGAGUUUCUGGCGAAGGUGAUGCUCCAUUGAAAGGAAAAGGACCUAGCGGUGAUCUGUUUGUGACACUCAAUAUCCAACCAUCCAAGAUAUUCCGCAGACAAGACUCUGAUGUAUUUGUGGACGCAAAGAUUCCUUUCUACAAGGCAAUGCUUGGUGGUCGUGUCCGUAUUCCCACCAUAGACGGAGAUGUAGAAUUAAAAAUCCCAUCUGGCUCCCAGCCCGGAGAUAAUAUAGCCUUGAGAGGCCGCGGUAUACAAAGAUUCCGUGGAACCACGCGUGGUGAUCAGAUUGUAACAUUAAAAGUUGAACUCCCGAGAAGUCUGCGGGGAAGACAAAAGGAGAUUAUUGAAGAAUAUGCUAGCUUAGUAGAUGAAGAAUACAGACCAAAGGAUAACCCCAUUCGAAACUCUAAUCCUUCACCAGACACACCACCACCAUCACCCAAGAUGUCACCUCAAGAUGACAAUGAUGAUAAUAAAAAGAAUGACGGUGGAUUCUUUAAGAACGCGUUUGGUAAAAUUAAAGACAAGAUUUGCAAUGAUGAAGAUGAUAAGAAAAAGGACGAUAAUGGUAAUAAAAACUAGAUUCAUAGAAGAAUAAAAAUAAAAAAGGCUCUUGUACGUUUAAAAAUAAAAAAUCAUUAUGGAAGCAAUAAAUUGUAGUUGUCUGAUUUUCUCUUGUGUUUCAACGGAAAAGUUUGAUAGCUGAAAGCUUUCAAAAGCGUCAAACAGGUCCAGUAUGCCAUUCAUUCUUAGAGUGUUGAAGUAUCUUGUCUUUCUGUCAACCACAGCAGUGGCUCUUCCUU